AGAGACAAGAGAGAUUAAAAAGUAGUUUUUUUUUGUUUAAAAAAGGAACAUAAAACAAACGCAUCAAUCCGAUCUUAAUAGAUAAUAAAAUAAUCAAUCAAUUGAUCAUUUGAAUCAUUUAAUUCCACUCUUAUCUUCAUCUACAUAAAUUAGGAUUUAAAAGGAAAGCAGCUAAAUAAAUACACGCAAACAAAUAAAUAAUUAUUUUUAAUCCUCUUAAUACAUCAAAAAACCUUCAAAAGCAAAUCUCACUAAAUAAUAAUAAGAAUAAUUUUGUUUUUUCACAACAACUGGCUUUUUAAUUUUGUCACAACGUAUUCGUUAAAAGUUUUCCUGUUAUUUAAGCAGUCAAUUUCCGAAUUAAUUAGCGAAAAUGUGCAGAGAUCGCGAUAUGAAUUUGCCGUAGAUCAACGUAAUCGUCAGUAUAAAGUUAAGAAAAAAAUGAAAUUAAAGCAGAUAUAAGAAACAAUAGCCGACUAAGACGCCGUUAAAUAUAAAAUCCAAUUACAAUAACAAAGCUAAGCUCAAACAACAAAGCACCGUAAGAUAAUUUGAUAGCAAAUCAUCUUGGUAUUCUUUUAAUUAAAGAUCAAAAUACCGGCAAAUUUUACAACAAUAAAAAAUUAAAACAAUGUGACUGCGUAAUCCGAAAAUAAACCCAAUCCAACCCAACCGUUAGCAUACAUCAGAAAGUGUACGUUAAGCGAGCGUUUUUCAUAUCUAUUUUGCGCGUGUGUGCUUGUGCGUGUGCGAAGGCUUUGAGUGCUGUAACCUUCUCGUAGCGUAUUGCUGUCAGUGUGAAUACGACUUGAAAUGAGAACAGUUCUCCGUGAUACACCCUACACGCGCCUAUUAAAGUGAUUUGAAAUAUUUUUUUUAAAUUUUUUUCUUAAACUCCAAAAAAAAAAAAGAAAAAGAAAAGAAGAAAAGCUGAAACUUUGUGUUUAACCUUAAACAAGUGUAAGAAGGCGUUUCAAAAAAAAACCAGCAAGAUUGAAGACUUUGUAAGGAACCUUUGGAAGUCUGUUAAGGCUUGCGUUCUUUCUAUCAUAAAUUCAGAGACUUGGAAAAAAAAAGAAAUAGCGACAUAUGCGGACUACGUAAAUGAUGUGUUGGAUGUCUAGUUGACAAAAGCUAUUAUGAGUAUGUUUAAAACUAAGGCUUUAAAAAAUUAAAAGAUUAAAUAUGUUAGAGUACCUUUACUGGACAGCGCUUAGAGGAGGGACGCCAUAUAUGCUCAAUCGCAAUGCGGCAUGCGCCAUCCUAACACUGGACUAAGCGAAGACGACUUGAGUCGUCUAACUGGUUCAUCAUCAUCAUCAUCCGCAUCCUGCUGUAGCAAAAAUUCCGCGUCAUCAUCGCCAUCAUCAUCGCCGACGUCUUCCUCGUCAUCAUCGCCCGCCACGUCGGGUGCUAAUACGCCUGAAUGCAAUGAGUCACAGCAACAACAAACACUCGAUCUACAGGAAAAACAAAAUUCAUAUGAAAAACAUCAUCAUCCACAACACGGAAAUAUCACUGAUCAAAACGACCAAAUUUUAACGGAACAGUUACAUAACAACAAGAACUCAGAGUCAAGCACUAACUCAAAUAUCACCACUAGUACCCAAAACCAACAAGAACAGCAAAUACGUUUUAAUUCUACAUAUCUGCCGGAGAUCAUCAAUCCGUUAGAAUGGCAAAAAUCGCGAAAGCGCAAAGAACGCCUUGAUAGUACAUCCUCAUCCAUACAAGAUCGCAAAUUGCAACGUUCCAACAGUGAGGAAUUACUGCCACCUGCGCAGGACAACAACAAUAAACUGUUAAUAACAACGAACAGUGCAGCGAGUGCUCCUUCGGAUAUUAGCAAUAACGCUUUGAAAGCCAUUAAAAAUGUAGACAACAUAAGGCGCGUGUCAUCCGAGGACUUUAAACGUACGCCUUUUGAUGUCUAUGAACGAGAGCUAAAGGACGACAAUGACAGCACUCAGAUCCUAACAGCUGAUGAAAAUGACGGUUCUCUGGCCAAUCGUCAGAUGCUUAGUUGGACGGUGGGCGUACCGAUCAAGGAUAUGUCACGACGUUCACGUUUUGAAACUAGCCCGGCACGUUCUCAUAGAUUGUCACCAAUACGGGUAGCGUACAAUAAUGGGAACGGCAAUGGAAAAUAUCGUGAUAGUGAUGAUAGCGAAUGCGAACAUGAGCGUCGACGAAGCACCGAACGGUUCUGUAAGAGCCGAGCUCCGCCGGGUCGCAAAGCUUCUGGGGUGACCAAAAAAAGUUCUAGCGCCUGCAAUUCCAUCCGAUAUUUACCUUCAAAGUUAAACGAUGAAAAUGUUUAUAAAUACGAUUUGUCAACGCUAAAAUACGAACGUCGCGGUUUCAUUAGCAAGAAAGCCAACUGCAUUGAAAAAAAUAGUAACAGCAACGGCAACACCAACGACCACAACGACAAUAAUUUAAUAGAUUUCGGCAAAAAAGCAAAAGCUCUCAAUGUACAUUUGGGAAGUUCUAAUGAAGAGAUCGAUAAUCAGACCAAUGUUAACCAACAACAGCAAAAGAUAUCUACUAAAAAUAGCAGCCAAAAUAGUUUCAAUAGUAUACCGUUAACCACAUCAGCCCAAGAAGCACUGCCAUGGGAUCGUUCUGUGCCCGAAGAUCAGACCCCUGUUUUAAGUCGACGUUACGCCACCGUGCACCUUCAACUAGAUGACAGUAUCGAUACCGCUGCUCUGCUCUCAAAAGUGAAACCAUUUCCACCACAGAUACCGAAACAAGCGAUUACUGCUCAAUCGUUGUCCAAUGCCAUUGAUGAAGAUAACCGGUUGGAGUCCCUUAAUACCUUCCGUACACUAACCUCUCUAGAAAACGUACGUACACGUGAACUCAUGCAAGUUAUACCAUCAGUUAUGUCUUUCCAAUCGCCCGAAGAACGCCUUAAGCAAAUCAAUAAACGGUUAACAGCUUUGAAAAAGAAACUCUCUCAAUUGGAGGAGGCCUAUGAGAACCGUAUGGGUUACCGGCCGUCGCAGGCAGAUCGUUUAAACGAUAAAUACAUGAAAAAUAUUUUGUCAGAAUUGAGUAAACUGCGUAAAGAACGUCAUGAACUGAAAGAUGAUCCAAUGGCAGCUUUGGGCUUGAAAUCUCAAAGUAAUAGUCAAGAAGCACAACAGAAACUGGAGAAAAUGAAAGUAACUCUGAGGGAAAUCGAUCAGACUCUUAACGCGAAACGUGAUACCGCUCAUCGUUCUGAAUUAUUAGACGAUUUAACUCCAAAUCAGUUAGUGCAAGAGAAAGCUGCUGUUCAACAUUGUUUAUUACAUUUUGAAUCAUUAUAUGGUCGUCCAUCAACCAAAGAGGAAAGGGAUAUAGCUCGACCGCUCUACGAUCGUUAUCGUCAAUUGAAGCGUUUUGUGUCGCGCAGUGUAUUAUCUACUGGUACGGCUGCCUCUGGCGCUCCUGAUUUACCCACUAUUCUCGAGCAUGAAGCGAUGGUCUUUGAAUCCACCACAUUACAAUAUUCUUCCAAUAAUAGUACUGAAACGACAAAUUCACCAAGCGACCCGGUACCACCGCCCACAGCCAGUUCAGAUGAUUCCAGCGCAACGAACACUGUAUCGCAACAGCAGCAGCAGCAACAACAACAACAACAGCAGCAAGAGGUAUCUGAGAAUAUCAGCGCUUUGACUAUUGAACAAUUAUGGGAACAUUUAGAAAAGACACGCGAAGAAAAGAAAUUAUUGAAGCGCACUAUACGAGAAUACGAAACCAUCUUCGAAGAGCAAAUGGGACGUAAAAUGUUAAAAAAUGAUCGCAAAACAAUUGAAGACACUUACAUUCAGUAUAAAGAGAAAAAGGCCAAGACGCGUUUGUUGCAGGCUUUAAUUAAAAAACAAAUUUCACGUUAAACGAUUGUUGUCUCUCGCCGUACAUGGGAAGAAAAAGAUGUAAAGCUUAAAGCUUAAAGCUUUUUUUUUUUUUAAUAAAAUUGAAUUAGUCAGGUACGAAACAUUGUUGGUCGGUUUUGUGAAGCUUUUGAACGAAAUUAUUUUGAAUACGAAAUGAGAUGAUGUUCUGUAGUAGAGAGGAGAGCUUUUUUGUAGGAUUUUAAACGAAGUACGAAAAAUUGAAAAAUGAAAAAUUACCGUAAAAGCUUUGCUAUCGGCACAAAACGCUAUGGAGAAGACUUUGUUUAUUUUCAUCCUUUCCGUUUUUUUUUU